UUAUUUGGUCAGCUAAUCCACUCUUGUUUGGCUCACCGAAAAGACAAUCCAUCAAAUCAAUUAUGGAAAAAACCAACAGUAUUCUUAUGUUAGCUUUUGCUGCUUUUUUUCUCCAUCACGUUACUGCGUCUUUGGCUAUUAUUCCUAACAUCGCCACUGAUGAAGCUGCUCUUCUUGCUUUCAAAUCUCACAUUUCUUCUGAUCCAAACAACGCCUUAGCAAGUAACUGGUCUACUUCCAGCCCAGUUUGCAGCUGGAUAGGUAUCACUUGCAGUGGGCGUCACAAUAGAGUUACUGCUUUAGACAUUUCUAGCAUGCAACUUCAUGGUACUGUUCCUCCACAUCUUGGAAACCUCUCGUUUCUCGUUUCCCUUGACAUCAGUAACAACACUUUCCACGGAGAUUUUCCAAAAGAGUUGACUCGUUUGCGGAGGUUGAAACUGAUUGAUGUUACAAGAAACAAUUUUAGUGGUUCCAUUCCAUCAUUCUUAACUUUGUUACCUAACCUUCGAUUCAUUUACCUUUCCAACAACCAAUUCUCAGGGGAAAUUCCGUCUUCCUUCUCCAAUCUGAUAAAUCUUGUAGAGUUAAGAAUACAGAGAAAUUCUCUUCAAGGAAAAAUCCCUCCUGAAAUCGGCAACCUUCGUUACUUAACAGUUUUAGACCUGCAAGGGAACAGGCUUACUGGCUCUAUACCCCCAUCAAUCUUCAACAUGACUUCCCUGGGAACUCUUGCUAUAAUACGCAAUCGUCUUGUUGGUAAACUUCCAGCAGAUAUUUGUAGCAAUCUCCCAAAUCUUGAAGUGCUUUUACUCUCAUCCAACUACCUAGAUGGCCUAAUUCCACCAAAUUUAGAGAAAUGCUCAAAGCUAGAAUGGUUGACAUUGUCUGGUAAUGAGUUCACUGGAACUAUACCAAGAGAACUUGGGAACUUAACUAUGCUCACACUGUUGCAUCUUGGAGAAAACCAUUUAGAAGGAGAGAUACCAGUUGAGAUAGGUAAUCUACAAAAACUCCAAGUGCUUGGGUUAAGAAGAAAUAAGUUAAGUGGUGCUAUUCCUGCAAAACUUUUUAACAUUUCAGCAUUGCAGAUAUUUACUAUGUAUGGAAAUCAGUUAUCAGGUAGUUUACCUUCAGAUUUAGGCCUUGGAAUGCCUAAUCUUGUGGAAGUUUACCUUGGAUCGAAUAAUCUCAGUGGACGAAUUGCUCCUACCAUCUUGAAUGCUUCAAGGCUAACUCUUCUAGACCUUGCAAGCAACAAGUUUACCGGUCCAAUUCCUGAUUCACUUGGUUCCUUAGAGUUUCUUGAAGUCCUAUACUUGGGCAAUAACAAUUUCAUUAAUGAGCCAUCUUCUUCUGAGUUAGGAUUCGUUUCGUCCCUGACUAAUUGCAGAUAUUUAAGAGAAGUGGUCAUUGAAGAUAAUCCUUUGAAUGGUUUUCUUCCAGCUUCUAUUGGAAAUUUUUCUGAUUCUUUUCGGAUGUUUGUUGCACGUAGAAACAAACUGAAGGGCACAAUCCCAGAAGAAAUUGGAAACCUAAGUGGUUUACGUGUGUUAGCUCUGUCUCAUAAUGAAUUCACUGGUUCUAUUCCUGAGAAGUUGAGAACUAUGAACAAUCUUCAAGAAUUUUACUUGGAAAAUAACAGUCUAAGUGGAACUAUACCUGAUGAUAUCUGUAGUUUACAGAAUCUUGGAGCUUUAAAGUUGACUGGAAAUCAAAUAUCUGGUUCAGUUCCAGCAUGUUUAGGAAAUGUUUCUACUUUAAGAUAUCUUCAUUUGGCUUUCAACAGAUUGAGUUCCACCUUACCUGAAAGCCUUUGGAGCCUUCAAGAUCUCUUAGAACUCAAUGUAUCAGCAAAUCUGUUUAGCGGGCGUAUACCUCCUGAGGUUGGUAAUCUAAAGACUGUGACACUAAUCGAUCUGUCAAAAAAUAGUUUUUCCGGUAAUAUUCCUAGUACUAUGGGGGGCCUUGAAAAGUUAAUUAGUCUUUCCGUGGCACAUAAUAAACUAGAAGGGCCUAUCCCAAGCUCAUUUGGGAAAAUGGUGGGAUUGGAAUUCUUGGAUUUUUCUUACAACAAUCUUACUAGUGAAAUUCCAAUGUCACUUGAAGCACUCUUAUAUCUCAAGUACUUUAACAUCUCUUUUAACAAAUUAACAGGAGAAAUUCCUAGUGGUGGUUCUUUUGCAAACUUCACCGGUCAAUCUUUCAUGUCUAACGAUGCACUCUGUGGUGCUCCUCGCUUUAAUGUGUCGCCAUGUUUCCUCAAAUCCACUAAGAAGUCGAGAAGAAAGAAAGCACUUGCAGGACUAUAUAUUGUAUUAGGUAUUGGAUCAACGUUUCUUGCAUUGGUCCUCGGAUAUGUGUUGUUAAGAUGGAGAAAGAAAAAGAAGAAUCCAGGUCAAACCGAAGUAACUUUGGUGAAAAGACAUGAAAGAAUAUCUUAUCAUGAACUUCAACAAGCAACGGACGGAUUCAGUGGGAACAACUUGCUUGGUACUGGGAGUUUCAGCAUGGUGUACAAAGGGAUACUUAAAGACGGGACUCUUUUGGCAGCAAAGGUAUUCAAUGUGCGAUUGGAGGGAGCGUUCAAGAGCUUUGAAACAGAAUGUGAGAUACUACGCAACCUUCGCCAUCGAAAUCUCACAAGAGUGAUCACUAGUUGUUCCAACCAAGACUUUAAAUCCUUAGUAUUGGAAUACAUGCCCAAUGGAACACUUGAUAAGUGGAUACACUCUCAUGACUUGUUCUUAGACAUCUUGCAGAGGCUAGGUAUUAUGAUAGAUGUGGCAUCAGCGUUAGAUUAUCUCCACAACGGGUAUCCAACACCUGUGGUGCAUUGUGACUUGAAGCCAAGCAAUGUCUUGCUAGAUCGAGACAUGAUUGCCCAUCUAAGUGAUUUUGGCAUUGCAAAAUUGCUAGGUGAUGGGGAGACUUUUGUCCAAACAAGGACUAUUGCAACCAUUGGAUACAUUGCUCCAGAAUAUGGACAGGAUGGAAUAGCAUCCAAACGCUGUGAUGUUUAUAGCUUCGGUAUCAUGAUGAUGGAAACAUUUACUGGGAGGAGGCCAAGUGAUGAAUUGUUUACUGGAGAUUUUUGCCUAAGAUAUUGGAUUAAUGAUUCUUUUCCAAGUGGAGUUGGUCAAGUUGUGGAUGCCAAUUUGUUAAGGCCAGAGGAAGAACAUAUUAAAGCAAAGAUGCAAUGUGUAUUGUCUAUCAUGGAAUUGGCUUUUAGUUGCACUUUAGUGUCCCCUGAUGCAAGAGUUAACAUUGAAGAUGCUCUUUCAGCCUUAAAUAAGAUAAGACAUCAGUACGUCACUAGUUGUGCAAAGACUUAAAAAGAGUUUCUUUAACUCUUUUAUUUCAGUUUUCAAUGAUUAUUUAGGCCAGUUUCAUCACUCCACAUGAUCUGUGUUGUGUGAUUCAGAGAUUGUGAAGAAAUAAGCUACCAGUGAAGAAGAAACGAAAGGAAUAAAUCGCGUUUCUGUAACAUUAGCUGCUUUAAUAUUGCAUCUUUUUCAGGAGACUAUCACUGCAUGCAGAAGAGAUGAAAAGUUUUAACCGCAGAAUGCAGAUUCCAUGCUAUAUGAUUGCUUUAGUAUUGCCAAUUAUUACAAAGUUGUUGUACAGAAACCUUGUAUUGCAUCUAUGACCAAUCAUUCCUUUGAUAGCUCAAUGGAGUUGGUGAGAACUAAAAGACGAAGUGAUAAACACAUGUUUUCUCAUCUACAAAAUUGAAUGUUUUUAUCCCUAUAUCUUUUUGUAUGUCUAUUGAAUGUCUUUAUCCCUCUGUCUCAACUACAAAAAAAAUUGAAUAUCUUAAUCAUCCCUCCUCAAAAGACUAGAUCUAAUAAUCUACAGAAACUAGUACAUUAAGAGCAGCCUUUCUCCAUAGAGCAACUGCUAUUCUCCAGACUAAGGAUGUCAUCACUACGAGCAGCCUUUCUCCAUAGAGCAUGUCAUGGCUUUAUCAGUUUUUGGGACUCGAAUCUUCCACUAACACACUUUCAUAUCCAAUGAAGUGAGAAUGAAUAUGUUCUACAAUGCCAUUUCUAAUCAUUUUUUUUUUUUUUUUUUUUUUUUUCUCAUAAAGACAAUUUGUGAUCAUUGUUACUCGAGUGAACUCAGAGAUCUUAUCACUAUUCAACAUAGCCAUGUAGUCAGGCUCUUAGAGCAUUUGGCCCUCAUGUCAAUUACAGUAGCCUCUUAGAAGCAACUAGAAAUAUUCACACUGCACUUGGAAGAAUAAGCUUGAAUUAAUAACUUCUAUAACAUCAAGGUGACAAUCCUAAUGUUGCUGUCAUGGUCUCGGACCACCUACUAAUCAAUCCAUUGGGUAAACCAUUGCAUCAUCAACUAGCUAAUAGACAAAAACCCCUCGA